GGAACGCCGCCGGUUCGGCAGGACGUCAAAGUUCCACGGUUGAGCGUUGAUUCAUCCAGCUCCGGAAUCGGAGAACUUACCGCGGACGAUUCCGGCACAUCCGCCAAAGUCCCAACCAAAACGGCUGCAGCGAUUCCCCCCAAACACGACCUUCUGCGACGCUUGAAGAACGAUGACAAGGCCGCACAUCGUCGCCACUCGGUCGACCACAAGUCUAAACCCAAGAAAUCGUCCAAGAAGCGGCGCCUUUCGGACUCUUCGCAGCAUGAUAAGGCGAUGGUCAAGGUUAGGCACGGUGUCGACGAGGACAACCGGAAGCAAAAGUGCCCAACCUGUGGUGUGCGCGUGAUUCACCUGAAUAAUCACAUCGCUAACGUUCACAAGAAAGCAGCGAAGCUGGAAUGCGGAAUCUGCGGAAAGACCUUCAAGCAUCAAUCGAUUUUCAGCUGCCACAUGAACUCGCACAAUGGCAUCCGCCCGUACAAGUGCAAGCUAUGCGACAAAAGCUACAGCUACGCAACAUCGCUGUUUGAUCACGUGAAAUCCCACCAAGAACGAUACCACUGCACUGUGUGCCAGGCGGGCUUCACCCACAAGAGGGUGAUGUGGAAGCACAUGCUGACGCACUGAACGGAGUCCAGUUGCAUCCAGAAUUACCUGUAGAAUGGAAAAAAUAUUUUUUCGAAAAUAAAAGGUGAAGAACUUUGCACAAAACUUUCGUAAUAAAAUCUUUUAUUAUGAA